AGGGACCAUUUCCUUCCUUUCUCCAUGUGCCCCACUUAACUUUCCCCAGUUGCUACCAGUUUCUGUUCUGAAUAUAUGGCACGUUCAGAGAGGAAGCUCGUGUCCUUGGUUUGGAUUGCUCAGGCUGGAGGCUGACAACUCUCUGAUAGCACUCCGUACUGGUGUGUGCUUCCUGCCUUGAGUCCUCACACUCAGCUUGAAUGCCUCCCUCAAACUGCUUCAGCCAGACAGCCUCAUGUAUUCCUGUCUUGUAGCCAGACGUGCUGUGUUUACUAGUGUUUGCUGUUUAAAUUGUAGGUUAUGAUUCCAAGUGUUUCCCAGCCUCUUUAUAAGUCCCACACUAUAAUAAACACAGCUUGCACCAUUCAGUUCACCCCUUUGAGAUCUGCAUAUGAUCACCAGCACUGGGACAUGGUGGUGCACUUGUGGGAGGAGUCAUUCAUAUUCUCCUAACGUGGUGGCUGCAGAGUGUUCUGAACCAGGUCCGUUGGCCAGUUUCCUGUAGGCCUUUCUUUGGACAGCUCAGGACAGCCACCUUUGGCCUCUUCUGUGAGUCACUUUGACGUGAAUGGCCCUAAUGGAUUUGACCAAGGUAGGUUUGUAGAAACUCUUUAUGAUAACAGCAAGGUCGUGCACUCCACAUAACUCCAGUCCCACUUAGUUAAAUUUCUCUGCAUGCUAUGUCUCGGGGGGAGUGGGGCAUAUACACAUUUAUAUGCAUACAUAUCUGCAAGGCCAGGGAAUUAGGUUUAGUGCUGAGAGAAUUUUAUUAAAUGCGUCCUACCACUUCUUGCAUGGCUUUUUGGAGAGCCAUGAACAGAUCAGUCUACCUUGUGCUGACAGCAAACUGAAGGAAGGAGCAGUCCACUCAGAUCAACCUGGUGAAUCAGUGAGCAUCCCACUAUAACAGUGAGAGCUCCAUUGCACUCACUGUUGUACUUUCCCCCCAGUAAAGUCUCAUGUAGCCCAGGCUGACUUUGAACUGAUUCCUCUGUCUUCAUCUCCCUAGUUCUAUGUUUGCAGGUAUGCUGCCCACACCUGGCCUGGAGAAUGCUCCAGCUUCCUCCCCCCACACUUCAGGGUUGUUGGGGUUUUGUUUGUUUUUCUGAGUUUCUUGAGCAUGCCCCCGUUUCCUCUACCAGCCAAAAUGUCCCAAUUUGGAGACAAAUUGUAAACAUUGCUUCGUUUCCUAUUGCCCAACUUUGGGAAAGUCACUACUGACAGUGUUGGGGAAAGCUCUUUCAAAGGGUUGCUCAGGAAAAGGCAAGAGCCGUUUGCCCGGCAGCCGGCAGGGGGCAGGCUGGUCCAGUGGGCCUGCAACCACCAUUCUGCUCCCUUUCCGGCCUGGGGCUUGUAGCUAUUACCAUGGAGACGGAGCUUGGGUGGCAACCGUCACUAGGGAGCGCGGACAGAAGACGCUGGGCCGCUUGGGAAUCCCGGAGGCAGAACGACCCAAGGCUUUUGAGGAACAAAGUGGGUGCCCCCUGAAGGAACCAGAGCUGCCACUGCAUUUUAAUAUGUUAACACAUUAGGAAGCUGAAGCAGGAAGCAGAGGGGCCUGUUGAGUCUGUGUCAGAUUUUUCUAGAGGAAACUACAGAAGAAUGUCAGAUGCAGAAGAAAGUGUAGAAACAGAAGAAGAGGAGACAUACAAUCCAAAUCAUGAAGAGGAAAAUCUGCAACAGCGCCUAACUGAAGACACAUUAUCAUUUGAGGAGUCCCAGGAAGAGGAGGGAUGGGAAGGGGACUGGAUGGAGGGGGAAAAACAGGUAGAAGAAGGAGAAGCAGCGAGAGGAAAGGGAGAGAAUGGUGAGGAAGGAGAAGUGAGGGGUGAGGAAGGGGAAGUGAGGGGUGAGGAAGGGGAAGUGAGGGGUGAGGAAGGGGAAGUGAGGGGUGAGGAAGAGGAAAGAGAGGAGGGAAAGGAAAGAGGUGAAGAGGAAAAAGGUGAGGGAAAGGGAAUUGAAAAAGAGGGAAGUAAGGAAAAGGGAGGUGAGGAAGAGGAGCAUAAAGAGGAAUGGUGGGAGGGAAAGGAGGAGGAGAUGGAGAAGAGUGGGGAGGGAGAGGAAAAAAGAGAGGUGGUCAUAAAAGAAACUGAGAAAACAGUUGGGAAAGCCGGUGAAGAAACAGCAAACAAGUCUAAAACACUGUUCAGCUUAGAUGAUAUUGUCAUCAGCUCCGAGUCGUCCAUGUCAGCAUCUUCACUGAUUGAAACCUCAGGGAGUAGCAAGUCGUCCUCACACUCAACAAGUCCUGAAGUAAGCGAGAUUUUCAGAGAUAAGGGUAUAAAAUUUCAAGUUUCUGAGGCAGCUGCCAUCAGAUCUGAGGAGGAACAGAUCUCUUCUCUGAGGAAGUCAUUGAAGGAAGCUGAGGACACUGACCAGAAGGCAGCCCAAGAAUGGAGAGACAGAGAACCCAAACAGGAAGUUGCUGAAGCAAGGAAUGGUAAAGCAGAGCCUGGAAAAUCGUCCUUCCUCACAAGGGAGGAGAGACAGAAAUUAUCCCAGUCCAAAGAGUCACUGGUGUCCACCUCCACAGAGGACACCUUGUACCAGCAGGAGGAGGGCUCCAAGGUCUAUCCUUUGACCAUGACCUGGACCUAUGGCUGGAACAGUUUCCUCCCUGUCUACUACCUCCGGGAGAGCCAGAGAGUCCUUCUCUACAUCUGUGCUCACACUGCCGUUAUCUACAACGUCUUCAGGAAUACACAGUACCACCUUCAGGGCCACCCUAACAUCAUCUCCUGCCUCUGUGUCAGCGAAGACAAGCGAUGGAUUGCCACAGCAGACAAAGGACCAGGCUGUCUCAUAAUUAUAUGGGACUCCUUCACAGGAAUCCCCGUGCACACCAUAUUUGACAGCUGUCCAGAAGGUAAUGGCAUAAGGUCCAUAGCCAUCACCCGUGAUGCCAAGUUUCUGGCUACCAUCUCAGAUGCUGAAAUCCAGAAAGUAUGCAUAUGGAAGUGGACCUUGGCAGUGGAGACGCCUGCAUGCACUCUUGACCUUCCCAAAGAUUAUGGUGUCCAGAACUACCUUACCUUCAACCCAGCGAACAAUAAAGAGCUGGUGAGCAACAGCAUGACACUGGUUGUCUAUUAUUUCUGGUUUGAAGAGAAGGAUAUACUUGUUCACAGUGCCCCGGUUUUAACAGAGAAAACAUUCAACAAACUUGUGGGAAAAUUUAGCCAGUCCGUCUUUCACUUGAAGUUAUCACAAAUUCUGUCCGCCACAAAGGAAGGGAAGAUGGUUGUCUGGGAUAUCCACUACCCGCCAUCCUCCUCCUCCACGCCGGCCUUUCCCUUCAUCAAGCCUUGUAAAUUGGUCCAUUUACAGAAGGAAGGCAUCACCGUCCUCACCACAGUCGACAGCUACAUCGUCACAGGUGACAUUAAGGGUAGCAUUAAGUUCUAUGAUCACAACCUGGCUAUUGUCAACUGGUACAGUAACUUCAAACUAGGUGCCAUAAGGACUCUGUCCUUUUCAAAGACCCCAGCAAGCUCACCUACAGAGAAGUCCAACCUCCCCACAGACUGCACUUUAAGUGGGGACCUUUUCGUCAUCAGAAAUUUUCUUAUCGGAACAUUUGAUGCCACCGUGUACCACAUGACAGCAGAUGGUACCACACUUGAGAAGCUCUUUGUGGAGCCCAGGGAUGCCAUUUAUGCCAUCUCCUGCCACCCAUUCCAACCCCUCAUCGCUGUUGGGAGUGUCUGUGGGAUGAUCAAGGUGUGGAACUAUGAGAAGAAGGAGUAUCUGUUCAGCAGGUUCUUUGAGAAGGGACUUGGAGUCCAGAGUCUGGCCUACAACCCAGAAGGAGCCCUGCUUGGAGCUGGAUUCACCGAGGGGACAGUUUAUAUUCUGGAUGCGAUGUCGUUAGCAAAUGAAAGUCCAGAGCCCUUCAGAUAUUCCAGAACUGGCAUAUCUCAUGUCAGCUUCUCACACGAUUCCAAUUACAUGGCAACUGCUGAUGUCAGUUUCACCGUGGCUGUGUAUAUGAUGGUGGUCAAAAAUGGACAGAGGGUCUGGGAAUACAUGGCGAGACUCCGCUCUCAUCGUAACGCCAUUCGAAGCCUCCUGUUCGGGGUUCACCUGGACAGCAACGAGCCCAGGCUGCUGAGCCUUGGGAAAGACAGGUUCCUGAUAGAGUAUAAUCUUACCAAGAGCUACAAAGACCACCUGGCAGUCCUGGACAUUCAUCGGACGGACCAGGGGAGCUUCCCCACUUGCAUGAUCUGGUACCCGCCGCUCACCAAGGAGCUCUUCCUUCUCAUCUGCAACAGCUGCUACAAGGUGAAGCUCUUCAAUUCCAACACGAAGAUGUGCAGAAAGACACUUCUUGGACCGGUUUAUGGGUCUCCUAUUGAGCACACACAGGUGCUCCCCGUGAAAUCCACACUAGAGCUGCAGAAGCGCUACUUGGUAUUCAUCAAUAAAGACAAGGUUGGACUCCAGAUCUUACCCGUUGACGGCAACCCACACAAAACAUGUGCUAUCAUUUGCCACCCAAGUGGGGUGGCUGGAAUGGCACUUUCCUAUGAUGGCAGCUAUGCCUUCACAGCAGGAGGCCAAGAUUUCUCAGUGGUACAGUGGGAAAUCAACUUAAGUGCCCUGGAUGCAGCUGUUUCCCUUGGGGGUGAAGACCUGACCCCGUUCUACGGUCUGGUGCCUGGUGGUAGAGAAGGAAAAUUCUACAGGGAGCUGGAGGACUAUUUCUACUAUUCUCAGAUCCGCACUCAAGGCAUUGACACGAUGGAGACCAGGCAGGUGUCGGAGCACAUCUGCCUAUCGGAGCUCCCUUUUGUCAUGAGAGCAAUUGGCUUUUACCCAUCAGAGGAGAAGAUUGAUGACAUGUUUAAUGAAAUCAAGUUUAGCGAAUACGUGGACACUGGGAGGCUGAUCGACAAAAUCAACUUACCUGAUUUCCUCAAAGUUUAUCUCAAUCAUAGGCCACCUUUUGGGAACACCUUGGCUGGCAUCCAGAAUAGCUUUAAUGUGCUGGGUUUCACCAAUUCCCAAGGGGAAAAGGCUAUUCGGAGAGAGGAUUUCCUGAACUUACUCCUCACUAAAGGUGAGCACAUGACAGAGGAGGAGAUGUAUGACUGCUUCUCCACACUGUUCGGCCUGAAUCCUGAGGGGUGGAAAUCGGAGCCUGCAGCCACCUCCGUCAGAGAUUCAGAAAUCUGCCUGGAAAAAGAACUUCCAGACGAAAUCACUGCAGAAAUAUUCACAACCGAAAUUCUUGGCUUAGCCGUUUCCGACAGUUCCGGACAGUUGUUUGUGUGAAGUCACUGAGAAUGUUGGCAGCACAAAGGACUUUGUGUGUGCUUGCACACACGAGAGUGUUUUUCCAAGAGUAUUCCUUUUUCUGUAUGUGCCUGCUCCCACCCUGAUUUUUAGAGCAUUUAGACAUUAAAAACCAAUUUCUCAUAGGCAAUGGAA